UAGACCAACCUACAAUGUCGAGAAGCUUAGCAAGGAUAUAGCAACCCCUAUAAUAGACAAGAAAAUACCUAUCCCAAACAAGAAACCCAGCAAUAACAAAAAAUUAAAGAUCACCCACAAUCCAUCUCCAGCCCAACAAAUAUCUAUCAGUACAAACAACAACCUUGAAAGAAACAAACAGGAUUCCACUGCCUGA